AUGACGGACGCAAAAGGCUCACAUAAGAAAGCUGCUCCUGGACGUAAUGCCGCGGUCUUGUCUCUCUCGGCUAAGUCUGCCAGGCUGCGGGGCUCCUCUGUCUCCUCCAGCCAUUCAGAGAAGGGAGAGCAGGAAGCAGCAAACCACGGUGUGGAUCGACAAGAUGUAGAGGACGAAGUCGAAAUCUCAACGUCUGCAUCGGCAUUGGAAGAGAGCGACGGGGUAGAUAGACACUCAUCUCCCUCUCGGUCUAAUGCCGGAACACUGAGACUGCCUUCUAGAGAUGCCAGGGAUCGACUCUUCAGCGCAUUCCUCGAGGAAGACGAAGAGGAAGAUGCUGAGGUUAUUAUUGAACGCAAUGGACGCAUUCGAGUGCAUCCUCGUGGUCACCGCGACAGCUGGGACUACACACGACACCGCAGUCGCUACCCACUGCCCUCUUACUUGGUUCCUGACGAGGAGCAGUUUCGCGACGAACGGGAAGGCCUAGCCGAGCUGGAGCUUCUGAGGGAGAUACGGCGUGAGAGGCUCGACAGAGAUAUCCACAGACACAGAACAGAGGCCGAGAAUCUGAUCGAGGACGCAGUCCACCGCAUUCUUCUUGAAGAAGAGGCGAGACAUCCUCUCCAUUUGCACCGCAGUAACAGGCCAUUCGCCGGUCUGCAACUGACGGAAGAAACAGAGGGCGACGCCUACGCAAGCGCGGCAGGAUCUUCCGUCAUGUCCUCGCCUGUCGGGAUGGUGAUCGGCUUCAUUCUGGGAUUCGUGGGCAUCCUGCUGAUCUCGUCUCUCCUCUGCGUCAUCCGCGCUGUCUACGUCAAAAAGCAGAAAGAAGCCAUGAAGAAGCUUCUUCGAGAAAAACUCGGCCCAGAGGCGGGAUUCGACACCGACGAUUCCCCCGCUGGAGCUGAGUCUAGUGAUACGCUGGCGGCAGAACCCGUCCCAGGCGCCGAGGACGGCUGGGUCGAUGUUCGGGUGGAUCAGCAGUCUGCUCCUGCGGAAGAGGCAAUGAUGGACGUCGCCCGCAUAGACACGCUGCAGCGGUCGGCCACAAAGGUGGUGGAAGAAGCCCCGGAGCGCGCGCCAGAAGAGCAGCAGCCAGCCAAGAAGACAAUCAAGAAAAAGAAGAGUUUCACGAAGGAAGAACGCGCGACGGAGCCCACAGUGACGGAGACGCAAGAGGAUAAGCCUAAAAAAAACAAGAAGAAGAAAGAUGAUUUUAAGAGGGCAUUUUCUGCUAAGCAUCGCGGGUGAAGUGCCGGUCAGGGUAGGAGAGGAUCGCUUCGUGAGCACAAAUAGUACCUCGAUCUUCAAGCGGACGGCAAGCAGUGUUGUGCUGUCUUUGAGGUGGUUCUGAAAUGGACACCGAAGUCAGUUUUCUUGUGCGCAGACACGUCGAACAGGGCUCUUCAUCUACAUUUUCAUGUAUAUAUGUAUUUUCAUGUUUACAUGUAGACGUAGAUACCUGUGUCUGCAUGCAUGUAUUCACACGUACACGUACUGGCAUCCGUUGUACGUGUGUAACAAUAAUGCGUCAGGCCGUCCUGCAGCUGCGCGUUCAGAGUCCCUGGGAUUAAUUUUCGUAGUUUGUCGGUGUUUAAUUCAAGAAGGGUUUCCCACUCGCCUCGGUCGCGCUGUCCCAUAGGCUCGUGGACAAUCCUUCAUUCAACAACCGUGCAGUGUCUCUUGGUUGUUAUUUUUAUGUUGCUAGCGGCUCCUCGCACUCCGUGGGUGGCUUCCGUGCUGCACAGCGGACUCGUACGCCUGUGCCUCAGAUCAUGGAAAUUUGUGCGUAAGAUUCCGUCACUGAAAAUGAAAUUCAAGGCGAUCAUGUGCGCGUUGUCUUCCGCAAUUCCACAGCAGACGUGUUCUGUUCUGGACCACUUGCUGCUGUCAAAUGCCAAAGCGAAGGGCGUGUCAGGGUUGCUUUUUCUCGUCCUUGUCCCCAGUAUUUAUGCUCCAUAACAGGACAAGCAUAAAGAGGAACUGGUAUCAGACCUGCGUGUAGUGUCGUGUACUAGAUACAAGCCAACGUGGCCGUCGGUUGAAGGCAACCAAUGUCAGGCGAU